AUGCCAGAACAUGCCGAGGAGAGGUCAUGGAGGUCACUGUUCACUCCCAAAAAGUUGACCUUCUACCUGCUAUUUCAUGGAUUCCACGUUGCAUUGUUCAUCGUAGGAUGGUACAAACAACAGACCAGUAAGGCAUUGGCCGGUCUUAACAUACUAACAUUUUCCGUAUGGAUAUCGAGAGGCGCUGGAUUGGUCCUCAGCGUCGACACCACAUUGAUCAUGCUGCCUAUGUGCAGAAAUAUCUUACGCUUCUUCAGACCAAAAGUCAAAUGGCUCCCCUUGGACGAAUCUCGCUGGUUUCAUCGACAAGUCGCCUACUCACUCUUAUUCUGGACCAUUGUUCAUACUACAGGCCACUAUGUCAACUUCUUCAACGUCGAGCGAUCGCAAGUUCGCAAACAAGCAGCUGUUGAAAUCCACUACACUCAGGCUGGUGGUGUAACAGGACAUGUUAUGCUCUUCUGCAUGCUUCUCAUGUACACGACAGCGCAUCAGAAGAUCCGGCAACAGUCUUUCGAGACAUUCUGGUACACUCAUCACCUGUUUGUACCUUUUCUCUUAGCCAUGUAUACACAUGCCACCGGAUGCUUCGUUCGGGAUACUGUUGAGCCUGUAUCGCCAUUCGCUGGCAAAUACUUCUGGAACCAUUGUCUUGGAUAUCAAGGGUGGCGCUGGGAGCUGAUUGGUGGUGGCAUGUAUCUGUUCGAGAGAGUAUAUCGAGAGAUUCGUGCUCGCAGACCAACAGAAAUCAUCAAAGUCGUCAGACAUCCAUAUGAUGCUGUGGAGAUUCAGUUCCGCAAGCCGAGCAUGCAGUACAAAGCUGGACAGUGGCUUUUUCUCAACUGCCCAGAGGUGUCGAAGCAUCAGUGGCAUCCAUUCACCAUCACAUCUUGCCCUUUCGACCCUUAUGUCAGCGUCCACGUCCGCCAAGUUGGCGACUUUACAAAAUCACUAGCCAACGCGUUGGGCGCUGGACCGGAACAAGCAGCUCUAUAUGAAGAGCUUGAUCCUAUGGGGAUGUACGAGGUAGCUCUUCAGCAAGGACAGGAGAUGCCUACGCUCAGGAUCGAUGGACCUUAUGGAGCACCUGCGGAAGACGUGUUCAACCAUGAGAUUGCCAUCCUGAUCGGUACUGGCAUUGGUGUCACACCGUGGGCUUCGAUCCUCAAGAACAUCUGGCACAUGCGACUAUCACCUAAUCCGCCCAAACGACUGAAGCGAGUCGAGUUCAUCUGGGUAUGCAGGACGACGACGUCUUUCGAGUGGUUCCAAGCCUUGUUGUCGUCUUUGGAGAUGCAAUCACUUUCGAUGUCUUCGCCAUCGGACUACAACAAACCCAACGAGGACACAGACGAGUUUUUGAAGAUCCACACGUACUUGACGCAGAAGAUGGAUGUGGACCAGGCGAACAAUAUCGUACUGAAUAGCGUUGGCACCACAAAGGAUCCGUUGACAGAGCUGAAUUCGAGGACAAAUUUCGGGAGACCAGACUUUCACAAGUUGCUAGGUGCGAUGAGAGAUUCGAUCGAGAACGGAACGUAUAUAAGUGGGUUGGAGUCAAGGAGGGCCGAGGUGGGCGUCUAUUUCUGUGGACCCAAUCUGGCGGCGAGGAGUAUCAGGAAAGCUUGCCAGGAGGAAUCUAGUCACGAUGUCAAGUUCCGGUUCUGGAAGGAGUAUUUCUAG